ACAACAAGCUGAGAGCUUCUACUUUGCACAUCUUGAAGGUACUGUUCAGCCCACACUCAAAAAUAAAUACUUAUUGCCUGUAGAGUCAAUAGUUAUUCUAGAUUGUUUUGGUAUGUUGCCUAGUUUUGGGGAUAUUGAUUACUCCAAAUCUUGUGAGCUGCCCACAGUUUUUCCCCUUUGAGAGCCAGUUGUAGGGUGUGACUUUUUACAUUAUAUUGGAGAGAAAUCACAAAGAGACAGAUCAACAGCAGUACAGUAAAGAGGAGAACGUUUGGAUUUUGGUGUGAACUGUCCCUUUAAUAAACUAUGUGACGCAAAUUUAAUGAACUAAAACCAUAUUAAAUAAUAUUUGGGAUUAGCAGACACCCUUUAAUAUGAUUAGAAUACAAUGAGCUAUGCGACAAUGAGACUAAUUUAGGAUCAGUGAUGAGGCAGUGAAUGGUGUGUAAUGAGCUUCUCAGCUGAGUAGAUCCGGACGGAGGGCCGCCGUGCCGCGGAUGUGGCGGAAUGUGAACACGCCGCGGAGGGUGAUGGGAUUUUAGGAGGAGGUGAAGGGAAUUCACGCACCGUGGAGGAUGAGGAAGAGUUUCUCCUCCAUCUACUCCUCUUCCUCGGCUGAAGAAGAUGGUGAAAGUCUCCCCCUUCCUGCUGAAGCAGAACAUCCCUGUGCAGCUGUGCUCUGUUGUCAUCGUGUCCACGACUCGUUGCUGAGCUCCAACAGCAACUUCACUGGAUACAGAGGCCUCCUCAACUGGAUCAUCAUCCUCCUGGUCCUGACUCAUGCUCACUUAUUCUUGGAGAAUUUCAUACAACAUGGCUUUUUGAUAGAUGUCAAAAAGGUCUUGGAGCAUCUCAUUGAGGACAAUUGCAACUGGCCCUCUGUCAACCUCAUAGUAGCUGCCAACAUCUUCGCCAUUACAGCUUUGCUCAUUGAGAGGUCUCAGGGAAAGGGUAUGCUGACCCCCACAAUCGCUCAUCGUCUACAUCUAACAAAUCUGGGCGUGCUGCUGCUGUUUCCUGCUGCGGUCAUUGUGCAUGAGAACACGAUAUCAACAGGUGGAGCGUUCUUCUCCCUCUGGUUCUACACUGCUCUGGGGAUGAAGCUGUAUUCAUACCAGGAAACCAAUCACUGGUACCGACAGGCUCAAUCAACUCAUGCAGAGAGGUGCCAGGAUGUUUCUGUGCCUGAAAAAGCCCCCGAUGAGCAGCUCACGUUCCGAGAUCUGUAUUAUUUCCUAUUUGCUCCCACUUUGUGCUACCAGAGAGACUUCCCUUGUGCGCCUGAGGUUCGCAUCAACAAGCUGCUGCACAGGCUGCUGGAAAUGGUGAUCGUCAUCCAGAUCCUGGUUGGAAUUGUGCAGCAGUGGAUUGAGCCAAUCUUCCGAAGAUCAGAAAACUCCUUUUCUAGUAUGGACAUCACCAUGAGAGUGGAGCUCCUGGUGGGACUGGUGGCGCCAACCCAUUUCUUCUGGCUCCUCGUCUUCUUCUUGAGUCACUCCUACCUGAACUUCUGCGCAGAGCUGCUGCGCUUUGGGGAUCGCCGUUUUUAUGGGGACUGGUGGAACGCUACCACUCUGGUUGUUUUCUGGGAGAACUGGAAUAUUCCCUUUCAGAAAUGGUGUCACAGACAUGUGUACACUCGGCUGGUGGAAAAGAAUGUGCCCCCAUCACGAGCAGAGCUACUGGUCUUCCUGAUGUCAGCUGGUCUGUUUGAGUACAUGAUUGCUCUGCCCCUGCUUAGCUGUCGUCUGUGGAUCUUCCUCAUGAUGCUGUUUGAGCUUGUUGUUGCGGUAUUCCUAGAAAACUAUUUCCAGGGAAACUAUGGCAACGGCUUUGUGUGGCUGUGCCUUUUGCUGGGCCCUCUUCUGGCUGUGAGCGCUUACUUUCACGACCACUACGCCAGCUUCCGUCAACAGGAUCCUCAGCCAUCGUCCUCACCACUGGUAUCAGACCCCAGGCUCCCCAGCGCCGUCUCCUCGCAGCCCGAGGGAUCAAGUGUCUGAAGAGAUGAGAGCGCUGUGGUCCAAAGGUCAGGGAAUGUGGCCUGUGUCUGUCCAGGGAUCCUUGUGUUGUUAUAAUACCCAACUGAUGUGUAGAUUCAUAAAUGGACAUAUAGCAUACUGUAGAAGAGCUCUAACUUGUAACGUGUGCUACUAUCGUACACUUUCUCUUCUGAGGAAAAAUGUUAAAAUGUUAAUGCAAUAAACAGCAGAUUUAUUAUUUCUUCCUCUAAAUUUGUACGUCUGAGGCUUUUUGAAUGUGUCCAAAAAUCUGGAGCACGGAACAGAAGGUUUCUGCUUAGACCGAUGAUUUAAAACACUACUUGGUGACAGGGCUAGGUUUACGGUAAUCUUCAUGGACGCAAUCCAACCAGGAAAUGCAAGGGAUAAUUGUGUCUCAUGGUUCAGUGAGUCCAAGGGUUGACUGAACCUCCCUGUCGGAAUCAAAAGCUGCUUUAGUUCUGGAUUGUCCCCCUGAUAUCCAUCAUCACAGAAAUCACAAACUCCUCUUUUCGUCCCUCAAACACAUAAAAUGGCAAUUACGCACAAACAGUUCAUUUGAGAACACAAAAGGGUAAAACACAUCCACCUCCAGCCAAAGAUAAAACGCAGAUAAACCCCACAACUUACCCCCAAUAUAUAU